CGUAAUACUAUGUAAAUUCUGAUAAUUAUCUCUUAUCGAUAUGCAAAAGCAAGCUCACCCAUUUCACAGCCCAUUACCAAUGUAAAUGAAAAAUAUGUACAUCAACAGUCAACACUCUAAAUCCAACAGUUGUAGUGUGAACGUGAUUGAAUUCAUUAUACCUACAUAUCGAAACAUUUCUCAACAGUGCUUUUUAUGAAGUUUUUUCAACAUGAACAAUUCGGGGGCGUUUAUGUAGCCGUGGAGUCGAAAAAUAUCUCAAAACAAAGAAUAUCCAUAAGAAUUAAAUAGGUAGGUACCUGAUUGAAGUACUCACUGAAAGAAAAAAAAUGGAUUCCAUCUCCAUUUCCACCGGUAUACCGUUUUUUAGUUUACUCGAGGAAAGUUUCAUCAAAAAAAUAAAAAUGGUGGCCUUCUCAGGUACAAAAAUGUUAAUGGUAACCAGAUCAGAUGAAGUUUUUGGAUUAGGUCCACUACCAUGUUCUGAAAUACACUCUGAUAAUUUAGAACCAAGACGAAUUCAUCAACUGGAUGGAAAAAAAGUAAAAAAAAUAGUAUUUGGAAAUAAUUUCAUUGUUAUUUUAACCUCAGAAGGCAAAGUGUUCAGUUGGGGUGAAAAUGAAAGUUAUCAAUUAGGAGUAGGUAAUUACGACCAGAUAAGUACACCUACACCGGUUAUAAUUUCUACACUCGAGUCGAAAAAAGUUAUCGAUGUAGCUUGCGGAUCGACCCAUGCAGUAGUACGAUGCAGUGAUAAUCAGAUUUAUUUUUGGGGUAAAGGCAUAUCAGCUAAACCAGGAUACAGAGAAACAAACGCUAUAGCGAUUACUAGCACCGCUGAGGGAGUUUUCUAUGUGACUACAAAGGGCGAGGUAUAUGGAAUGGGAUACGUUUGCACCAGGACGAUUCAUUCUCCAACUUACUCCAUUGGAAACGGCUACACCAAUGCUCCAGUUACUAUUUGGACAAAAAUUUCUGAUCUGAGUAAUAUUAAAAAAAUUGCCGGAGGAAAACAUCACAUCAUAGCUUUAAAUAACGACGGCGUUGCAUUUAUUUGGGGAGAUAAUCAGAAAGGGCAAUUAGGUGUGAAAAUUCCGAAAAACAACGCGACUCCGAUCGAAUUCUCGAGUAUUUCUGAAAAGAUUAUUGAUAUUGCAGCCAAUUCUCAAAGUGAUUUAUCUGCAGCCAUGACUCAAAGUUCGAAAUUAUACGUAUGGGGAGCUUACCCAGGAGGACACUUCUCGAAGCCCUAUUUGACAUCGUUCACUUCUUUCAAUGAAGCUUUCGCCAAUUUCUCUGAUCCAAACAUGACCCAUGAUUGUAUAACUUUUGAACAGUGAGACAAGACAUAAUGGAUGGUUAAGAUAACUUUUGAAUCGAUUGAUCAGAUAGGUACCAGAUUUACGAGGAUUUUGGCUGGAAUUGUAAUCUGAUGCAGAUGUACGAGUAUGUUUUUUGAACUGAGAUUCAUUCCAUUCUAUGUAAAAGUAAUACUGAAUAAGAUGAACGAAACAAGAAGACCAUAUUGUGGUACACAUAAAUAAAUGAAUAAAUCAUGUUGAAACGUCUACAAAGUACAUAUUAACGAAUUUUUGAAAAAUUAAAAUUGACCAUUUUCGGCGAUUUAUGCAUUUUUAUUGAAGGUAUUAUACAAUUAAUCCAGUAAAAAUGAUUACAAUUUGUAAUCUUUUAUCGAAGCGAAUUUCACCACUUCUCGUCAUUCUGGAGUCUCCAGAACGAUUUUCGAUUUUUACAGAAUUUAAAAAUUUCUUCAGAAGUAGCAGAAAUUAAUUUAGGCAGCUAAAAAAACAAAAAAUCGAAUUUUUGCUCAACUUAUUCUCGAGUUGUUCAAAAGGUUAAAACUUCAUCCACAAAUGAUCAACUCGAGUGCGUUUUUUUGAUCAACCUUCUUCAGUCAUCAAUUCAUCAUUAAAAAUCAUUUUGGUAAAAAACCUGGAAGUCGGACUAAAUGUGGAUAAACUCGUUAAAUAGGUCGAGAAAAAACCACAACUCAAUUUUUGGCUGCAGAAAUUGACUUCCACGCCUUCUAGACAUUUUGAAAUUCAGAAGGAAUCGAAAAUCGCACUGAAAGAUCCAGAUAGCUCGAAAUUGUGAAAUUCGUAUUCGAGAAGUUCGUUUUAUUUAGACAAGAUACAGUCAUUCGUGCAAAAUGCAAAUACAACUGUAGAUUAGUACCUCUACCUACUCGAGGAGAUUUAUCAAAAAACGUUAUUAUGACUGGUUGCCUAUUUUGUGAAUUGAAGGAGUCACGUGCUUCGCAAAAUUCAAAAUUUAUUAAUUCUGAGAAAAAUCAUCAAAAAUAAGAAAAUAUUUGAAACAUUCAAACGACGCCCAUAACCCAGUAUGUACCUGCAUAGUGCAUACUCGAGUGGACGAACAAAAAAAUGUUAUCAUGACAAAUAAUUACUCAUCUUCAAAAUUGAAGGGACAAACUUGAUUCAAAAUUUCCAAAUUUGUUGUGUCCUAGAUUUUGAAAAUUUUGAAUUUGCAAAUUGUAUUUGCACCUUGAAUUUUGAAGAUGGAUAAUUUGUCAUAAAGACUUUUUUUGUUCGUCCACUCAAAUACUAUGAGUUGGUAAAGUCACUUAAAUGAUCUAAACAUCUGUUCAUUUUCGGCGAAUUUUUCAAAAUAUUGAUAAAUUUUUGCCCAAAAAUGGUGUAACUUCUUCAAUUCACAAAUAGUAAGAAAAUAUUUGCAUCAUUGAAUUGACUUCAUUAACCCAUAGUGCUCAAAUGGGCGAACAAAAAAUGUUGAUAUGACAAAUUUGUCUAUAUUUUUCAAAAUUGAAGGCACAAACACAAUUUCAAAAUUUGAGUCACAAACACUGGUUUUAAACAGUGUCUGUCACAUACACUGGUUUUAGCAGUGUCUGUCUCAAACACUGGUUUAAAAGGGUGUCUGUCACAAACACUGGUUUUAAACAGUGUCUGUCACAAACACUAUAGUUUUGAAAAGUGUCAGUCACAAACACAGAUUUUAAACAGUGUCUGUCACUACCACUGGUUUUUCACUUGGGUUUGAAAACUACCACUGAUUUAAAUGGUGCCUGUCACUACCACUGGUCAUUUUUACUACAGUUCGAACACACACCCACUGGUUUAAAUGGUGUGAGUCUUUACCACUGGUUUUUACUUGGUUUUGGACACUACCACUGAUUUGAAUGGUGUCUGUCACUACCACUGGUUUUUCACUUGGGUUUGAAAACUACAACUGAUUUAAAUGGUGCCUGUCACUACCACUGGUCAUUUUUACUACAGUUCGAACACACAACCACUGGUUUAAAUGGUGUGAGUCUUUACCACUGGUUUUUACUUGGUUUUGGACACUACCACUGAUUUGAAUGGUGUCUGUCACUACCACUGGUUUUUUACUUGCGUUUUAACACAAACCCACUGAUUUAAAUGGUGUGAGUCUCUACCACCAGUUUUUACUUGGGUUUGAACACUACCACUGAUUUAAACAGUGUCUGUCGCAAACACUGGUUUUAAACAGUGUCUGUCACAAACACUGGUUUCAAACAGUGUCUGUCACUACCACUGGUUUUUCACUUGGGUUUGAAAACUACCACCGAUUUAAAUAGUGUCUGUCACAAACUCUGGUUUUAAACCGAUGAACUCUUCAAACAGAUGAAAACUCUCCGUUCAUUCCAGACAACCCCUCUAAAAUAGAAAAAUUAAUCGCUUUAAUUAAAAAAUACAACCUCGCAAACUCAAUAUAAACCGUCUCACAUAAGAUGUAAUAAUCUAGUAAGUAAUUAUAAACACCCCCCCUCCCCAAAAUUUGAAAAUUGUGAAUCACGUUUGCUUAUUUAAUUUUGAAAAUGAACGAUUUGUCAUGAUGACAUUUUUUGUUCGUCCAUGGGCAAUGGGCAUCAUUUAAAAUAUGAUUCAAACAUUUUCUUGUUUUUGAUAAUUUUUUUCAAAAAUUUUGAGUUUUGCGAAGCACGUGGCUCCUUUAAUUUACAACGUUGGAUAAAAAAAACAAUAUACGAGAUGCCCGCCUUGCAUUUGGGCCGAAAGAGGAUACAAUUUUCAAAACGGCCAAUUGGUUUCCACGUUUUCUAGGAAAAUUUUAUAAUUUUAGAGAAAUCAAAAAAUCACGCUGGUGGCUCCAGAAUGACUGGAAAUAUUGAAAUUCUUUUCGUAGAAGUUCGUAUUAUAGUUUCAGAACCAAUUAUCCUCAUUUUUACUGAAUAAAUUACACAUAUUUUAUUAAAAAUCAUAAUUCCGAGGGGGGGGGAAUUUUAUUUCGAAUUUUCAAAAAUUCACCAAAAUCAAAUUCCAAUUUUGUACUCAAAAAAACAAAACGUUGGACGUAACUGUCCCAGAAAAAUUGUGGAAAAUUAAGAAAUUGUGAACAAAUCUAUUUCUAAUCUUGAUAGAAUGACAACUUUUCUUGAUCAAAAUUUCCACAUUUUGGUCAACUAAAAUCACAAAAAGAGCAACUUUUCAGUUUUAUAAUAUAAUUUUGGAAAUUAAUUCAGAUUUUAAGGCAAAUUUAAAAAAAAAAAUGAACUAUAAUAUUGAGUACGUAAAUUGAACAAGAAGCAAUUUUCAAAUUGAGGAAAAAAGAACUGGAAAUAGAAAAAAGAGUUGAAUAAUAUCAAAGCACACAAAAAGAAACUUUUUCAAAUAUUUUCGAUUCGAAAUAUUUUUUCCAAAUUCCGAUAGCAAAAAGUCAAUGUUCAAUGUUGAAAAAUUUAUUCGAAAAUUGCUCCAAUAAUAUCAAUACAAAAGUAAUUUUGUUUACUUUAUUUCGAGAGUUUCGAAGAUCUUCAUUCACAUUAAAGAUACUCAAGGUCAAGAGUUUUUCAAGUACCUUUAGGUAAAUAGGACCAGAGCAAUAUAUUUUUUUUUCAAUACCAACCUAGUUAAUUUUUCUCAUUGAACAAAAUAUGUACAUUGCACUCCUGAAUAUUUACCAUUUUCCAGUCAAAAUAUCGUCACUCGGCCAAACCUCUCCGCUGCUUAACUAAACCACUAGGCUAUAUCCAAUCGCGAAUACAAUGAGCAAUUUUAAAUGUAGACGACUAAAACCGUCCUUUUAUCACAUCAAAUGUCUAGUCUGCAAAAUAGAACUCUCAUUAGGUUAAAAUUGCCUAGCUACAUAAUUUUUUAUACGCGAACUCUCUGAUAAAACGUAAGUUUAUACCUAUUUUAAGAAAAAUUUUCUCAUUAAAUAAUAAUUACGGAAUAUUACCGAUUCGGUAGUAUGUUAAUUUUGAUAAUUAUCUCCUAUCAAUAUGCACAAGUGAGCUUACUCAUUUCACAACCAAUUACCAAUUUAAAUGGAAAAUUACGAGUACCUACGUCGUCGUCGAUAUAUCGUACUCUAAAUCAAACCGUUCUAAUGUGAAGGUGGUUGAAUACGAGUAUGUACUUUCUCAACAGUGUUUUUUCAACAUGAACUAUUCAAAGACGUUCACGUAGCUACAGUGUCGAAAAAUAUCUCAUAAUAGAGAAUAGUUCUACGAGUAGAAAAGUAUUAAUUAAUUAAAGUACCGAAAGAACAAAAAAAUGGA